AUCAUUAAACACAAGAACACAACCACUAUUGGUUAUCACUCAAAGUACCACAAAAGAUGGCCAACUCCGACCAAAAACUCCUAAUGAUCUUCAUGUUUUCACUCAUGCUCAUAACCAUUGCCAAAUCAGACUCAUUGUCCUUCAACUACCCACGUUUCACGCCGGGUCUUAGAAAUCUUCUGUUGGACGGUGAAGAUUCUAGCAUUUCAGAUGAAGCGCUACACCUGACCAAAACCGAUCCGAAUACAGGCAAAGCUCUUCCAGACCGUUCUGGUUUGGCCGCAUUUUUCGGAGCAGUUCGGCUCUUCAACAACCGAACCGGCAAAGUCGCAGACUUCACUACAGAAUUCACCUUCACCGUGAAAACAAACGGUGUGCAACCUCACGGCGAUGGGUUCACCUUUUUCCUCGCAUCACUCGAUUAUGAAUUCCCAGACAACUCGAGUGGCGGAUUCCUUGGAGUCUUCGGCUCUCAAACUGCAUUCAAUGCCUCUGCAAACCAGGUUGUGGCGGUUGAGUUUGAUACCUUUGGGAACACUUGGGAUCCUCCCUACUCACCAUACCCUCACAUAGGAAUCGAUGUUAACAGCGUCAGAUCGGUGGCCACUGCCAAAUGGCCAAUGGAUUCUGAACCAGAUGGUGCAAUAGGGAAAGCAUCUAUAAGAUAUGGGUCAUCUUCAAAACUGUUGAGUGUGAUUGUUUCUUAUCCAAACAGUACCGUACCUGUAACUACUUUAUCAUAUCCGGUUGAUUUUGCGAAUGCUCUGCAAUCGGAAUGGGCGCUUGUUGGAUUCUCUGCUUCUACUGGUGAUUUGGUUGAGACACAUGACAUUCUUUCAUGGUAUUUCCGUACUUCCCUGUAG